ACCAAUAUAUAUCGACAACGCUUCAGGUUAAGUUAUUGCUGUUAUUAUUUUAACGUGGUUAAACACAAAUUAUUUUUUUCGCUGUCGUUUCUGAAUAAACAAUGUCUCGUAGUGCACGUCCCCUGACAUCAGCCCGCGUGCUGCACAAGAUCAAGGAGCUAACGGCACCGGCAAGCGACACAACAUACGUAACAAACCGCAAUCCCCGCAAUUUGGAGAGGUUACGCAUUGCAUACAAGCCCAGCGGUUAUCAUCUGGAAAAGCCUGGUCGUUCCUAUUGGCAUACCCUCGAGAUCAAUACCAGCGGUCGCUAUGUGAGUGCGGAUGUGAAACACUUCGAAAACGGUACCAUCUUGAGUGCUAGCACCUCAGAGUGGGCGAUUAAACAGCAAUUGUUCAAGACCAACGACACUGCGGCAUUUGUGAAUCUGGGACACGUUCUAGCUCAAAGAUGCCUUCACGCCGGCAUCACCGAGAUGACUUGUAACGUCGAGGCUGUGGCCGGCAGUAAAUUGGAGAAGCUGCUACAAGCUGUGCAGGCCAGUGGCAUCAGUUUCCAGGAACCCGCCAGACUGCCAAACACCCAGCCCUGGGAUGCUUAUCGACAUGAGAAGCCCUGGGAGGUGUCGGAGCAAUCAGUAACUUCUGUUACGCAAAAUAAACAAAAAUAAAAACAGCCUUAUUUGGAUUUCGUUACGUUUACAAUAAACGUCGCAUUUUUAUGUUAAUUACAAUGAAA